AUGUCCUUCUGGGUUCUUGGUGCUGGCGCCGGUGGUCCGCCUGACGAGAGCCACACCUGGCAUCCACAUCAUCACCAUCACCAAGACAGUCACCAUCACCAAGACAGUCACAAUCACCAAGACAGUCACAAUCACUCGUACAACUACAGGGGCAAGGCGUUCCAGUCGCCGCCCUUUGACCAGGAUCAGAUCUACCACCACCAGCACGCAAACAGAUAUAGCUUCGACGCCCAUCAUCGGCACUCCUACACUCACGCCGACUACACCCCAAAACAAGCCGCACCCUCCAUCCACAUCAAGAAUCUCGCCUUCCUUGUCAUUCGUGAGGAACACCCCGAUAGCCCGCCGCCGGAGACAUGCGACGCGCGCUCGGGGCCCCCCAACGAUGGCAGCCUCACCAAGGCGCUCCCGCCACAGCCGCCCCCGCCGUUGGAGCGCACCGAGUCUGGGCUUCCCAUCGCGGACUCACCUGCGCAUGAGGACGACGACGACGAGGACAGCGAUCAUGGCGGGUGUCUCCUCGACGACCUAGCCGCCGCCCAACUCGUGCGCGACCACGUCGCCAGCUUCCAGCGGCGCUGCCCGGACUCGCAAUCCGGACGCAUCCUCCGCGCGCUCAUCAAACCCAAGAACGAACGCCCACGGCCCUCGUCCCGGAGCCGACGACCGCAGGACGCGGGGGUGCCAGAGGCGGCGUCGGCGUCGUUCCCCCUCGACAACGACGCCCUGCGCAGCGUCUUCUCCGCCGCCAACGAGCUCUUCUUCGCUAACCGGCUCGCGCGGCGCGUCGCCUGGGACUGGAGCCACCCGGGCAGCGCGCAGUACCAGAGCGCCGUGGUCGGCACCACGGCGCUGCGCCGCUGCGCGCACCUCGGCGGCUGGGAGACGCUCAUCGUGCUGUCCUCGCCGGUGCUGCGCGACACGCGCUACAACCGCCGUCUGCUGCUGUCCACGUUCCUGCACGAGAUGAUCCACAGCUUCCUGUUCGUGACCUGCGGCCGCAAGGCGGGCCGGCAGGGCGGCCACACGGAGGGGUUCCGCCAGAUCGCCGAGGUCAUCGAUGCGUGGGUCGGGAGGGAGCACCUGCGGCUGAGCGACAUGCAGGCCGACUUGCAGUACUUUGAGGACGGCACACCCGUUCCGGCGACGCCGUGCAUGGGGUACCACCAGAUGAUGGGGGAUGGCGGCGGCGGGGGACAGGAGCAGGCGGCGGCGCCGAGGGCGGUUCCGGCAUGGCAGCUGGACAAUGAACGGAACGUGUGGCCGCAUAAUACCGGCGGCGGCGGUGGUGGUGGCGGCGAUGCCACGGGGCAUGGCAUGUACUUGAAUGAACCCGUGUUGCCGCCGCCGCCCCAGUUUCGACACCCGAAUGACGGCGCGUGGCAGUGGUACGAGAGGGAGGGCUUCGAGUCCCGUGACGGACCGGUCCUCGGCAUGCAUUAUUAG